GUAUCGGCUUCACCCUCCGCCGGCGGCGCUUGGCGGGAGCAGCGGCGGCUGUUUCCUACCCCGUGCCAGCGCGGGGACCGGCUGCCCCAGCCGGGGCCCUGCAGAGGGGGGGCACCACAGCGGCAGCUGGGUGCCACCCGACGGUACUCCACACGCAGUAUGAGCGUGCCGCGCCCAGCCCUGACGGUGUCCCUGCCUGCAGCCCCCCAGCAGAUGCCUUGGGCACAUCCCGGACCCCCCCUCUCCACCGUGCCUUGCGCUGAGUCUGCCCAGCCAGAGGGGCAUGUCCUGACCUCACGCUCCUGAGAUGGCAGCUAUCCAGAGCUUCAGUGCCACCCACCCCGGGGACCCCGAGCCUGGGGACCUGAUCGAGAUCUUCCGGCCAGCUUACCAGCACUGGGCCCUCUACCUGGGGGACGGGUACAUCAUCAACGUGACACCCGUGGAUGAAGGGCCUCCUGCCACCCUCGCCAGCGCCAAGUCAGUGUUCAGCAGAAAGGCCCGGGUGAGGAUGCAGCUCCUGAAGGAUGUGGUAGGCAGUGACACCUACCACAUCAACAAUAAGUACGACAGCACCUACGCCCCCCUUCCCGUGGAGGAGAUCAUCCGGCGUGCCGAGUACCUCAUUGACCAGGAGGUAUCCUAUGACCUGCUCGGUAACAACUGCGAGCACUUCGUGACGCUGCUCCGCUACGGCGAGGGGGUCUCCGACCAGGCCAAGAGAGCAAUAGGUGCCAUUGGGUUUGUAACAGCAGCCGCUGGUGCCUUCUCCUUGCUGGGCUUGCUCCACAGCAGAUCCAGGGAGAGACAGUACUGACCGGCCGGCGGGACGAGCUGGGAGCAGGGCAGGGAGCCCCCGGCCGGGAGGGACCCGGGGCCGUUUGUGGCCGCAGCUGCCACUGAGACUUACUAACAACAGUGUUGCCCUUGCUGAGAGCAGCACUAGCCUGUUUGCCGCAUCUGCUUUUAUUUCAUUACCUGUGAUGAUUUUUGUGGUAGUCUGGAAGCACUUGCAAGCAAAUUCUCCAUCCUCACACCCCCAGCGCUCUGCUGAGGACUGGUACUUUCUACACACAUCCUGUUUUUAUCAGUUUUUCUCAGUUUUGCCCCCUGGAGCUGGGGCCAUUGGCUCUUGAGUGACCAGAAGUGGAAUUUAAGCAGUUUGUAGCCCCAGGACAAGAUUGAUCUUCCUCCAGCCAGCAGGACAGCAAAGCUGGGGUCCCUGCGGUGCUGUGGGUGACAUACCUGAAGAAAGAGCGGCACUGCACCUGUGCUCAGUCUCCAAAUGCACAGAGCCUCACUAUUUCCUUGUUACAAAUCUGAUGUGUGGCUUGUCUGGGAAGAAAACUGUUUCAGAAAAGUGUGGUAUAUUCCUCUUUACCAGGAGUAUCUGGCUUAUGUGGUUGGAACCAUGUUAUUUGCAGACCACAUGUAAGAAAUUAAAUGCUGUGGUGUUUCUGUGACAGGCAACUGGCUGGGUUGUAAGAAGAGACGAGAGAAAAGAGCUGUCUGUAAGAGACUUGCUAUUUUUGUCUGCUCUUAACAUGUACAUAACAGGAUCAGAAGCUUUUUUUAAACAUCAGUUGUUUCAAUGUUUGAAAGAACAAAGCCAAGACUUCUGGUCGUAUUUUGUAGUGCCCUCUGUUAUUACAUUUAAAUAAAAUUCUUCUUUUCUAAUAUUGGAAAACCUAUUACAAUAAAACUGAAACAAAGUC